UGUUUUUCUUUUCUCCAACUCCAACAAUAUUCGUAUUUUAUUUUUUACAAACUCAAAUUACUAUAUUUGUUCAACGAGACAUAAAAAAUUCAGCGUAGAUUGAUUUUGCACUCAUAGUGAUAAGAGUAACAAGUGCUUUCUACAUUAGAUUCAAUCUCGAAAUUUCGAUAAACCCUAAUUCAUACAUCGCAAGUAGCUUCAAUUGGCAACUAAGUUCAAUGAGGAUUCUACGAUUGGGAUUGUUGCUUGCUUUAGCAUCUGGAUUUGCAGCCAUUUGCAUUUACAUCACUGGACUCUCCGAACCUUCUGUAUGUAUGUAUAUCUCAGUUAUCACCUCACUGAUGAAGAAGCCGAAUCGUUGCUUUCGCUUCACAAUUCUUUCCAGAAAUGUGUGAGUGCAAAUGGACUUGGUCUGAAAGCAGCUAGUAGCAGUGAUUACUGUCAAACCACAAUAAGUUUUCCCAGUGACACCAUCCCCAAAUGGAAAGAUCCCAAAACCGGUGAACUUGAAGCUCUAUCUUUUGAUUUUAAUCUAUGUGAAGCUGUGGCCACAUGGGAACAGGUGCGGAACAGCACCACUAUACUCACCAAGGAAUUCAUUGAUUCUUUACCAAAUGGGUGGGAGGAGUAUGCUUGGCGUAGGAUCAAUAAAGGAAUACAGCUCAACCGCUGCGAGAACAGGACCUUGUGCAUGGAGAAACUUUCACUGGUGCUCCCCGAAACAUCACCAUACUUCCCUAGACAGUAUGGGCGCUGUGCUGUUAUUGGUAAUUCGGGAGACCUCUUGAAAACAAGAUUUGGAAAGGAGAUAGAUGGUUAUGAUGUGGUCUUAAGAGAAAAUGGUGCUCCAACACAGAACUACACUGAAUACGUGGGUAGGAAAAGCACAUUUCGUCUUCUAAAUCGAGGAUCUGCCAAAGCCCUGGAUAAAGUUGUUGAAUUAGAUGAGCAAAGAAAAGAAGUCUUGAUAGUAAAAACAACCAUUCAUGACAUCAUGAACAAAAUGAUCAAGGAACUACCUAUAAGAAACCCUGUAUAUCUCAUGCUAGGUGCUUCCUUUGGUUCAGCUGCAAAAGGAACCGGGCUUAAGGCUCUUGAAUUUGCCCUCUCCAUGUGUGAUUCAGUGGAUAUGUAUGGCUUCACUGUGGAUCCUGGCUAUAAAGAAUGGACAAGAUAUUUCUCUGAAUCUCGUCAAGGCCAUACGCCGUUGCAUGGCAGAGCUUAUUACCAGAUGAUGGAGUGCUUGGGACUGAUCAAAAUCCAUUCUCCCAUGAGAGCUGAUCCAAACCGUGUGGUAAAAUGGGUUCCAAGCCCCCAUAUUAUAAGGGCGGCUAGGAUUGCAUCAGAGAAAUUACUGAGGAGAGUUGGAGCAGGAUCUGAAGAUCCAUUGCGUGCAUGUUCCGUAGUUAAGAAGCAAGCUAAAAGAAAUAUAAAUGCAGUUUCAAAACUCCGAAAGGCAGCACUUGAUCAUAUGAGGUAUGUGAAGAGCACAACCAUGUAUCCUCUGGAGCAUAGUCCCGGACAUGGGUUGCUUUGCACUGUGCCAAGUGCCAAAUGAUUGAACCGUACUGAAAUCUUAUGUGAUCAAUUUCUUCUGUCGGGAAACAUCUGGCCGGGCCUACCAUUCAAAAUCUUCUGUUAAUUUUCUUGCAAAACAGAUGUCAUCAGCUUGAUAAAAUGGCAAUGGAGCUUCAUACUUGGGGUUUGGAGGCAAAUCUGCAAUUUUUUAAAAAUCUUUCUCAUUCUUUUUUUGUUUGAAAAUUACAAAUACUGAGUUUUGGUUGAGGACAAGAUGAUAGAACAACUAGGAUACAAUUUUUAUGUGCUGCUUAGUUGAACCAUAACAAGUUGAGCUGUAACGUUUUUUUUUUCCUUCAUAAAUAUAAUAUAAUUGGAAUAAUAACUGUACACCCAUACUAUAAACACGUUUACUUACAUUUAGGCAUAUAA